AGCAAAAAAUUGAAAACAAAACUAAUUCCAACAUCAUCAAUUUGUUUUCACAACAAAAUUUUCUUUUAAAUGUUUUAAUUGUAAUAAAUUUAAAUAAAAAUGGAUAUUUCUGCUUUAUCCGAAGACAAAUUUGAUGCAGUCAAUUGGAUUAAUGAUAAUUUUAAAAAAUUCGCAGGGGAUGAUGUAAAAACUUCCAAAGCUGUGGAAACCAACACCGGUGGUGAUACGGAGUUAGCAGUAGAAUUUAUUAACAAUUAUGUUUCCAAACUGCAAUUGUACGUCCAACAAGUGAACUAUGCCAUCGAAGAGAGUAGUCAACAAUUGGUGGCCAGUAUGCCCCGAGUAGUUAAAGAUGCUAAAAAUCUCCACAAUGAUGUCAAGGAAUUACAACAGCGAAUGUUGAUUAUGCGUCAAGAAGUGGCCGCAGUGCAAGAGGAAACUGGUGAAUGCAUGGCUACGUUGGAACGUUUGAAUACAAUGCAAACAAAGUUGCAGACAGCAAAGGAGUCACUGCAAGAAUCCGAUGGUUGGGGUAAUUUAAUAGCCGAGUUGGAGGAUAGUUUUGAGAGGAAUGAUUUGAAGAGUGUUUGCGACAAAAUAUCAGCUUUACAAAAAAGUUUACAAGCCCAAGAGCAACUACCCGGCCAUUCCGAUCGCCACUCACAAGUUGAAGACUUCAAGAAUCGUCUCGAAGCAUUGGCCUCACCAAAUGUUGUACAGUGCUUUGCCGAAGGAGGCAUAGAGCAGGCUCAACGUUAUGUCAGCAUUUUUGCAGCAAUACAAAGAAAACCCCAACUACUGCAAUACUAUCGUGCUGUACAGAAAACUGCUCUCCAGCAGCAAUGGAAACAGACCUUGGAAUUGCAAGCAACUGAAACGGCCAGUCAACAACAACAUUUUCUUACUCUCUUCUAUGAUCAAUUGCUGGAAAAUUGUCAACGACAGGUGAAAUGGUGUUCACAGGUAUUCGAGGAUGAAGAUGCUCAACAGCAGCCAUUUGUUUUGCUAGCUGAACUCUUGCCAGCCCUGCAACCUACGCGAGAUAAUCACAUAUUACAACUGCUAAAAACUUGCAAUGAACGUUUGGAUUUGCUGCAACUAUUUGCCCAAGCAAAUCAUAAUUUUGUUUUGCAAUUGAAUGCUUAUAUGGAACAGUCUUCGAUUCAUUUAAGCAAAGAGUUAAAACAGCAAUUGGGUCUCUCCAUCUAUGAAUAUUUCCAUAAAUUCAUACAGCAAUAUCCCAGGCUUGAAGAGACACAACUUUCUACUCAAGUGGAUCGGGUUUUGACUACUCAGCCUCAUGCCAGUGAUGCUGUACGCCAUUUGAAGGAUAUAACCAGUAAACUUUUCACUUGGUUACAUGAAUCCCUUAACAGAUGUUCAAAUAUUACCAGUGAUUUGGCCCUCUGCAAGCUGAUCAAUUUACUGGGUGGUAUAUUUAAACUAAUGGAACAAUUCUCUAAAACCCAAAGACAACUUUCUCUUAAUUUGGGAAAUUCUGCAAAUAACCCCAACACUGAUAGCAAUUGGUCUAUGUUGCAAUAUACACUGGCUUUGCUAGAAUGUUUGGCUGAUUUCCAGCAGAAAUUACAAAAAUUUGAGAAAACAUUGCAGGAACGUUUAACAACUUUGGAGCUUAAAUUAAAGGAAAAUCAAUUGUCCAAUAUAAAUAUUUAUCAAACUUUUGAGUCGGCAGAACAGCAACGUAUUCUAAACUCGAUCGCCGAGUUUCAGCAAAAACGUUUGGAAACGAAUCAAGAUGCUAGCUCUGCUUCCGUGGGUAUAUUUGCCAAUAUAUACGAUGCUUUGAAAACACAUUUUAUUGAAACUCAUGAUAUAACUCUAAACAUACUUUUACAACCUUUGGAUUCACAUCUCUCGAAAAUACAGCCACCAACAGAAUUAUCCCAGGGACAUGUGCAGGAUAUGCCUGCCUUUAGUUUUGCCCCACAAGAAAGUAUAACACAAAUAGGCCAAUAUUUACUAACAUUACCACAACAUUUGGAACCUUUACUACUGUCACCUUCAACACUCCUCAAACAGGCCUUGGAAAUGUGUCACAUUAAAUAUUCCCAACCCAUACCAAGUGCUGAUAUUUUACUAUCUCUAGUAGUGGCUCAAUGUUGUGUUUUAUAUCAAUCACAAAUUUUGCAAAUCAAAUCCCUAACAAGUUCAGCUUCUAAACAAUUGUCCGUGGAUAUUGAAUAUCUGGCAAGUGUUGUAGAUGAAUUGGGUUUAACUCUUAAUACUUCGCUUACCCAAAUUCUAACUUUGCUAAAAGCAUCUCCCGAAAACUAUUUGGCUUUAAGUGCUGGCUGUGAACCACGUCUGGUAACGGCUGUUCGACAAAUGCGCAAUAUUAUAUCAACGCAGUAAGUUGUUUACUUUUUACAUUAGUAAAACUAUUUUUACACAUUUAAAAAUAUUUAAAUUUUAUACGUCUGCAUAUAUUUUGCGUAGUUGAGUAUAUAUGUAGACAUUUCCAUGAAUAUGUAUUAUGUUAGAAUAAAUAUUAUUACAGUGCAUAUUAA